AUGUGCCGGGCCCAGCUACAUGAUGUAUUGGAAUAUCAGCCCUUCUCGUUUGUUCAAUUUAUACGGCCAACAUUAGAAUGCAGUGUUACUUUUUGCUUCAAUAAAGAUUUGCAAGAUCGCCUUUUUGAAAAACUCAUUGUGCAUUUUUUGAAUUUAAUCAAAGGAAUUCUUCUGUGUCAGGAAUAUAAGCCAACAAAAAUUAUGGAAGAUACAAAAAAUCCUUUAACAUUGGAAGCUCAUAAAAUUAAAAUGGAGUUUUUUACCUAUCCUGUUCUUACCGAAAUCUGUCAACAACUCUUAGCAAGGUAUUUUUUACUGUCGGAAGAUGAUAUUGCAAGUUGGGAGAGCAGCCCAGAAGAAUUUGCAUCUGAUGAAGGUGGAGAAUCAUGGAAGUUUAGUUUAAGACCAUGUACAGAAGUGUUAUUCUUGUCCUUAUUUCAUGAAUUCCGAGAUUUGUUAACGCCUCUCAUUGUGGAAAUGAUAAAAGGCAUUCAAUGCAAUAGUGCAAGAGAUUUUUUGAGCAUUUUGAAAAAAGAAGCUGUUUAUAAUGCUGUUGGACUAGCUGCUUUUGAUCUGUAUGAUGAAGUAGAUUUUGAUAACUGGUUUACCAAUGUCCUUAUACCUGAAUUAAAAGUUCCUGAUACGGGUUACUAUAUUAUAAGAAGAAGAGUCAUAUGGCUGAUAGGUCAAUGGGUAGGAGUGAAAAUGUCUCCAGAAAUGAGACCUCUUCUCUAUGAGAUAAUAAUUCAGCUGUUAAAUAAUGAAGAGAAUCUUGUAGUCCGCUUGGCUGCUGCUAAUGCUCUCAAAGUUGCAGUGGAUGAUUUUGAAUUCAACUGUACACAGUUUCUUCCAUUUCUUGAAAAUUUUAUUUCAUCACUCUUCAUUCUCCUGAAAGAAGUCAAAGAAUGUGAUUUAAAGUUGUCUGUUCUCCAUGUGUUGUCGUUGAUCAUUGAUCGAAUGGGAUGUGAUGUGCGACCAUAUGCGGGAUCACUUAUGCAGUAUUUACCUCAACUUUGGGAAAACUGUGGAGAUCACAAUAUGCUGCGAUGUGCUAUUGUCACAUGUUUUGUGCAUUUAGUUCAGGGUUUGGGCACACUAAGUGAGAAACUGCAUUCUUUUCUCCUUCGGAUGAUUGCUCUGGCCACUGAUGUAACCCAACCUCCCCAUGUUUAUUUACUCGAAGAUGGCCUUGAUCUGUGGUGGGCUGUCAUUGACAAUACUUCUUCUUGUAGUGAGGCGUUGUUAGAUUUAGCUGCAAAUUUGAUACCUUUAUUAGAAUACAGUAGUGAAAAUCUACGUAUCACUCUACAAAUCACAGAAGCCUACAUAAUCUUAUCCCCUGAAAGUUUUUUAAAAAAAUAUGGCCAAAGUUUAGUUGAGACAUUCCAGUCAAUAAUGAAAGAUUUGAAGUGUGAAGGAAUCAUAUUAAUUUUAAAGGUUAUUGAAACUGUUUUUGUGGUGUUUCCAGAAGAUGGUCCUGUACUAUUUCAACCCAUACUGCCUUUUGUUUUGUCAUUAGUGUUUCAAGAAGGGGAAUUGCCAAUUUCAUUAACUUUUUAUCUAUCUGUUUUAUCAAGAGUGAUAAUGCAUAACCAAGCGUGUUUUGGUCGAGUUCUUCAAGAAUAUGCUAAUGAAUCUCAAAAAGAUGUUAAUACUGUUUUCGGUGAGCUUUUGGAUGUCUGGUUAGAAAAAAUGCCUUUCCUGAAUCCAGUCCAAAGAAUAAAACUUCUAGGCUUGGCCCUGACUUGCCUUUUAACUUCUAGCUCAGACAUAGUCCAUGAUCACAUAUGUGGAAUAUUUCUUGCUGUUGUCGAAGUUUUGAACGACAUUACAAAAUGUGAUAAUGACAGUAGUACACCUGAUGAUUUGCUGGUUAUAAAAUCUUUGGAUUUUCAAGAUGAAGAUAUAGAAACUGAACAAGAUAAAAGAAAGCGUGAGCUUUCUAGGUUAGACCCUGUAUACACAGUAGUUCUCAGAGAUUACUUUUAUAAUCAAGUUAUGGCCCUCCAGAGCUCAGUCAGCAAUGCAAAAUUCCAAGACCUUAUGUCUACUGUGGAUGUUGAAACUAUGCAACAAGUUCAAGAGUAUCUUAAAAGAUAAAAGUGUAUUUGCAGCUAAUCUUUAUGUUUGUGUCUUAGAAAACUUGUAAAUAUGACAAAUAUGAAUUACUCUUUCAAAAAGUGCUAUACAAAUAAAAAUGUUUCUA